CGCCCUCCGCACUGCUUUGGGGUUCUCAUUUGCAGAUGGUUCCCUCCGGUCCUCAGCUCGGCUCUGGGCUAAACAGAGGAGAGAAACAAGGGGUGGGGGGCCUGGAAGGGGGUUCCCACCUUCUCGGUCGGGAACCCAAGAGGCGGACGCAGCCCUUGCGCCCCAACGCUGCACCGUCAGGGGUCUUCAAGCCGCGCUAGCAGUUGUUGAUAACCCCCGAUUGCUAAGUCUGACCCUCCGGCCCCCAGGCCGUGGCCCCCUUCACCCAGACCCCGCCAGUCCCCCGGCUCCGAGCCAGCGGGAGCAUGCGGUUCUAGGACCCGGAGGCGCCGCCGAGCGCGCCGCCGCCUCUGCCUCGCCUCCGUCGCCUCCCGCUCCUGCAGGUGAAGCGGCGCUGGCCGCCCCCUCUGCGGCAGGUGAACCGGCGCAGCAGCCCCCUCCCUGGCGCGCCAUGGCCCCGGCGGACCCCGGGCCCGCACCCGGCGCCCGCCCCCUCCCUCCAGCCCGCCCCCCUGGGGCUGGGUGCGUAGCGGCGGCGGCGGCGAACUGCGGUUUGCGCGCACCGGGAGCGACAGCAGAAGUUAGAGAAUCACCGAGGGGGGAGCCCGCGCCGCAGCUUCCUGCCCCCGGCCCAGCCCUCUGGCCCCGGCGGCCUGCAGCCUGACUUCCUCCCCCCACCCCGCAGCUCGCCGCCCGUCUCCUCGGACGGGGCCACCCCGAUGGGACGCCGCGCCCCGGCCCCUGGGCGCCGCUGAGCCGAGCUCCCGCGUCGACGACCCGCCGCCGCCGCCAGCCGCUGCCCGCCUGCCCCCCAGGCCGGGAGCCUCGUCCCCCGCCCCCCGGAAAGCUGGAUUUCCGAGGCUGGAGGCGCCUGGCCGGCUGGGUGGGGACCACCAUGGGCAACGCGGCCGGCAGCGCGGAGCAGCCUGCGAGCCCCGCCGCACUGUCUCCUAAGCAGCCCGCGGCGCCCAAGCAGCCGAUGCCUGCGGCCGGAGAGCUGGAGGAGAGGUUUAACCGGGUCCUGAACUGCAUGAACUUGCCCCCGGAUAAGGUCCAGCUGCUGAGCCAGUAUGACAACGAGAAGAAGUGGGAGCUCAUCUGUGACCAGGAGCGAUUUCAAGUCAAGAACCCCCCCGCAGCCUACAUCCAGAAGCUGAGGAGCUACCUGGAAACGGGUGGGGUCAGCCGAAAGGUAGCAGCUGACUGGAUGUCCAACCUGGGGUUUAAGAGGCGAGUUCAGGAGUCCACGCAGGUGCUGCGGGAGCUGGAGAUCUCCCUGAGGACAAACCACAUUGGGUGGGUGCAGGAGUUCCUCAACGAGGAGAACCGCGGCCUGGACGUGCUCCUCGAGUACCUGGCCUUUGCCCAGUGCUCCGUCACGUAUGACAUAGAGAGCACAGACAAUGGGGCCCCCGGCUCAGAGAAGAGCAAGCCGCUGGAGCAGUCGGUGGAAGAUCUCAGCAAGGGUCCACCCUCAGCCUUGCCACCACAGCCCAAGAGUCGCCACCUGACCAUCAAGUGCCCCCCUUCUCCCCGGCUGACCCCGGCCCACAGCAGGAAGGCCCUGCGGAAUUCUCGCAUCGUCAGCCAGAAGGACGACGUCCACGUCUGCAUCAUGUGCUUGCGUGCCAUCAUGAACUACCAGUCUGGCUUCAGCCUCGUCAUGAACCACCCAGCCUGCGUCAAUGAGAUCGCUCUGAGCCUCAACAACAAGAACCCCAGAACGAAGGCUCUGGUGCUGGAGCUGCUGGCAGCUGUGUGCCUGGUGCGGGGAGGACAUGAAAUCAUCCUUGCAGCCUUUGACAACUUCAAGGAGGCGUGUGGGGAGCAGCACCGCUUUGAAAAGCUGAUGGAAUAUUUCCGGAACGAGGAUAGCAAUAUCGACUUCAUGGUGGCCUGCAUGCAGUUCAUCAACAUCGUGGUACACUCAGUGGAGAACAUGAACUUCCGUGUCUUCCUGCAAUAUGAGUUCACCCACCUGGGCCUGGACCUGUACUUGGAGAAACUUCGACACACGGAGAGUGACAAGCUGCAGGUGCAGAUCCAGGCAUACUUGGACAAUGUGUUUGAUGUCGGUGCGCUGCUGGAGGACACUGAGACCAAGAAUGCUGUGCUGGAGCACAUGGAGGAGCUGCAGGAGCAGGUGACCCUGCUGACAGAGCGGCUUCGGGACGCGGAGAACGAAUCCAUGGCCAAGAUCGCAGAGCUGGAAAAGCAGCUAAGCCAGGCCCGAAAGGAGUUGGAGACCCUGCGGGACCGCUUCAGUGAGUCGACCGCCAUGGGCGUCUCCAGGCGUCCGCCUGAGCCUGAGAAAGUGCCUGCCCCCGCCCCGGCGCGGCCUUCCGCCCUGGAGCUGAAGGUGGAGGAGCUGGAGGAGAAGGGGUUAAUCCGUAUACUGCGGGGGCCCGGGGAUGCUGUCUCCAUCGAGAUCCUCCAGGUCGCUGUGGCAACUCCGAGCGGCAGUGAUGCCCCGACUCCGGGGGUGCCCACCGGCUCUCCCAGCCCAGAUCUCCCACCUGCAGCAGAGCCGGUUCCCGGAGCAGCGCCCCCACCGCCCCCGCCCCCGUCCCCGCCCCCACUGCCCAGCCUCCCCUCCCAGCAGGAAGCCCCGCCCUUGGCGCCCCCACCGGCCCCACCUCUCCCAGGCAGCCCGGAGCCCCCGCCCCCGCCGCCUCUGCCGGGAGACUUGCCGCCCCCACCCCCGCCGCCCCCGCCGCCUCCUGGUACAGAUGGUCCGGUGCCUCCGCCGCCCCCGCCUCUGGGAGGUCCCUCUGAUGCCCUUGGAAGGCCCGGCCCAGAGAUGGGCCCAGGAGUGAAGGCCAAGAAACCCAUCCAGACCAAGUUCAGAAUGCCGCUCUUAAACUGGGUGGCCUUGAAACCCAGCCAGAUUACAGGCACCGUCUUCACCGAGCUCAAUGAUGAGAAGGUGCUACAGGAGCUGGACAUGAGUGACUUUGAAGAGCAGUUCAAGACAAAAUCCCAAGGUCCCAGCCUGGACCUCAGUGCUCUGAAGAGUAAGGCAGCGCAGAAGGCCCCCAGCCAGGCCACGCUCAUCGAGGCCAACCGGGCCAAGAACCUGGCCAUCACCCUGCGUAAGGGCAACAUGGGGGCCGACCGCAUCUGCCAGGCCAUUGAGACGUACGACCUACAGGCCCUCGGCCUGGACUUCCUGGAGCUGCUGACCCGCUUCUUGCCCACGGAGUAUGAGCGCAGCCUCAUCGCCCGCUUCGAGCGGGAGCAGCGGCCGAUGGAAGAGCUGUCGGAGGAGGACCGCUUCAUGCUGCGCUUCAGCCGCAUCCCGCGCCUGCAGGAGCGGAUGGCCACGCUCACCUUCCUGGGCAACUUCCCGGAUACUGCCCAGCUGCUCAUGCCGCAACUGAAUGCCGUCAUUGCAGCCUCAAUGUCCAUCAAAUCUUCUGACAAACUCCGCCAGAUCCUGGAGAUCGUCCUGGCCUUCGGCAACUACAUGAACAGCAGCAAGCGUGGAGCAGCCUAUGGCUUCCGGCUCCAGAGUCUGGAUGCGCUGCUGGAGAUGAAGUCGACUGAUCGCAAGCAGACGCUGCUGCACUACCUGGUGAAGGUCAUUGCUGAGAAGUACCCACAGCUCACAGGCUUCCACAGCGACCUGCACUUCCUGGACAAGGCCGGCUCAGUGUCCCUGGACAGUGUCCUAGGGGAUGUGCGCUCCCUGCAGCGAGGCCUGGAGUUGACCCAACGGGAGUUUGUGCGGCAGGAUGACUGCGUGGUGCUCAAGGAGUUCCUGAGGGCCAACUCACCCACCAUGGAUAAGCUACUGGCAGACAGCAAGACGGCUCAGGAGGCCUACGAGUCUGUGGUGGAGUACUUCGGAGAGAACCCCAAGACCACGUCCCCCUCCAUGUUCUUUACCCUCUUUAGCCGCUUCAUCAAGGCCUACAAGAAAGCUGAGCAGGAGGUGGAACAGUGGAAGAAAGAAGCAGCUGCCCAGGAGGCAGGCGCCGACACCCUGGGCAGAGGGGAGCCCCCAGCACCCAAGUCCCCACCCAAGAUCCGGCGGCAACAGAUGGACCUCAUCUCUGAGCUGAAACGGAAACAGCAGAAGGAGCCACUUAUCUAUGAGAGUGACCGUGAUGGGGCCAUUGAAGAUAUCAUCACAGAUUUGCGGAACCAGCCCUACAUCCGCGCAGACACAGGCCGCCGCAGUGCUCGCCGGCGCCCCCCGGGACCUCCCCUGCAGGUCACCUCCGACAUCUCGCUGUAGCCGCUAUUUCCGAAGAUGGACUCUGCGGGUUGGGAGGGGACUGGGGGCAGGGGCAGGCCGGGGCUCAAGGAAGGCGGUCCUCAGCUCGGCUGGGCCGGGCAGCCUCCUCCGCCGCUGUCCCCAGCCGUGGGCCCACCUCAAAUGGGCCGGCGCACUCUCAUCUUGCCACAGGGGGCAGCAUCGCCGGCCCCUCCCCCUAGAUGCUGCUUGCAGCACCCUUUUCCCCCCAAUAGCCAUACUUAGCCUCAGCGAGAGCCUGGCCUGUAACUUAUAAAGUGCAACCUCUUGACCCCCGACCCCAAGUUCCAGGGACUCUCCAUGGACCUUAUUUUUAUA